GUCCAAUUUCAUUGCACUCAUGCCGCUAUCACAUGACUGUUUUUCGCACGAUGGCCCCAGAUCACUGCAGCACCUCCAUAUGGUUUCGCUCGGACCAUGUCUGACGCACAAUGUCUGGGACAUGGUACCUGCCAUUGUUGACAAGAAGCACCGUCUCACUACGCAAUCAACCAAUCUGGGAUGCAACAGCAUUAUAAAUGUAUUGUCCUGGUGCCCUGAGUGAUGAGAUCAGGGGCUCAAACCUCAACUCGCAGAUCUGGCAUACUCCUCUUACACAUCCGGAUGUGCUUGGCUUUUUUGCGCAAAACGCAUAUCGAGGCGCUUUCCUGAAGGAUGAAUUCAUGCUGGUGGUGCUUCAUGAGCUCAAACUUUUCCCACAAGUGCAGAAGAAUGCAAUAUGCAAUGAUUCCAUUGCAGGAUCCCCAGUACCGAAAUUUCGGCCCUCUGUUUAUGAAGAGCACGGCUUCUUACUGAAGGACGACCCGGAAGAUGAGAGCUUGCCAGCUGAUAUACACCGUCUAUUCGCAUACGAGAACUUUAAUCGGAGCUUGCUGUUCGCUCGAGAGGCUUAUGACGCCAUGCUGCCUACCUUGGUCCUAGCUAUAAAGUUAUUGACGAUGCCUGUAGCCCUGAAAAUUACUUGUUCAGAUCUUCGUAGAUCCAGCAAUACAAGUUUUCGAAGACCUUUCAUGCCCAUCUUCUCCACGCCAUUGUGCGGUCGCAGCUCGCUCACGCCAGCACGUGGCUGUUGACCAUAGACAGGACAGAUGGGUUUGCACAUGGUCGAUGUACCAUCUGAAUUUCAUUGUAUUCCUCACCAUCCGACUAAGGCGACGAACGCACCCGUCCGUCACCAG